AUCACGUGCUUUAUUAGUUCGUAUGCGCCGCGAUCAGCUUUCGCCAUCACGCCAGCGUCCAAAGCCAUGAAUUUCUAGCGGCCGAUUUCGCUCUACGACUUACCCAUCACCGCAUUGCCGAUCUCCAGUCACCAGUUUUGUGCCCUUAUGUCCUCUUUUCGCGCCGCACUAUACUAGUAGCAUCCAUGGCGCCUCCUGGCUUCAGAUCGCUUCGACAGCUUCAUGCGCGAUCCUCAAUCCUUCUCGGUCGCCGCGCUGAUCCGAACCACGCCCUCGCUUCUGUAGAUCUGUUGUCGAAUCAACUCGCGAGACUGCUGCAUUCGAGCGAUGCGCGAGGGACUCGCGACAGCCAUAGCGACAGUUGCGAAAAUGAGGAAGAGAGGGUUACCAAGAGCCUGGUAUCGGGUCCAACAGAAGCAGCUCCGAGCCUCGAGAGGCCGACAGACGAGCCGCCUGGGAGGACUGAUGACGCAACGGGGCUCGGAAAUGGCAGCAGCUUCGGAGAAGCAAGGAGGUUCGGAUAUCUGGAGGCCCGAUUCGGCGAGAUCCAGGCGGAUCGGGGCCUGCUGAGUCGGAUCAUUAACUUAGCGUCCGCCGCGGGGAACGACUCGUAUCCCCCUGACAAUAGUAAGUGCGAUAGCGAUAGUAGCAUGCGGGCGAAUGAUGCCGCGGACUUGAGUCGGAUCAUGAGCCUCGAUUCUGCCGAGGGGAGCGAGACAGAGAGUAGCGCCGUUAGCAGCAGCAAUGCUGCUAACGGCACUACCAGCAGCAGUGACAUCAGCAGCAGCAGGGAAAGCAACAGCAGCAACAACAGCAGUGAUCGCAGCAGCAGCAACAGUACUGGCAGCAGCGGUAUCAGCACCGACAGCGAUACUUGCAGCAGCAGCAGGGGCAGCACGAGCAGCAUUAGCAACGGCAGCAGCGGUGGCAUGGAUGGGCUCAGGCUUCUGCUGAGACGAGGGACGAGAGAGCGAGGGGAGGAGAAGCAGACUCUCAGAGGGAGGGGCUUUGGCAAACCAGAAGCCGCCGACGGGACUUUGGGCACUGUUUCUAUGGGUACUGUAGAAGAUGCAGCUGCACUCACUAGAAGGGAACCUUGGAAUUGGCAUCCAGCGAGGAAGGCUGUAACGAGGACGGCUGUGGAGUACCCGUGCUGUUACGGGGUGGAGGUGGCAGGGUUACCUGCGGACGUAUCAGAGGAGGACACGUGGGAGAUGAUGGAGAGGCGUGGGGGGGAGGUGGUCGAUGUGAGGCUGCAGAAGGGGACACGUGGCGGUGGGACACGUGGCAAUGGGGCACGUGCUGUGGUCUAUUUCAAAACUGAGAAAGCCUUUCUCGAUGCCCUUUCCUCGUCCUCUUCAUCUCCUUCUUCCUCUUCCUCCUCCUCCUCCUCCUCCUCCUCCUCUCUCUCCUCUCCUCUCCCCCUCCCCCCCUCCCUCUCUAUCUCUCCCUGCAAGCACACCCUCCCGCUCCUCUCCCCGGCCGCCCGGGCCCACGUGGAAAGGCUGACAUGGCAGCAGCACAUGACGUGGCAGCCGCAGAGGAGUGAUAAGCACACUUCAGAGAGGAGUGUCAGAAAUGGGGCGCACGGGAUAGAGGGCUUCUCAGCUCACAGCCAGCAGCAAGAAAGGCUGAGUUCUUCUGACGAUUUUCUCGAGCUUCUCAACUCCCAGCUGUCCCGCUUUCCACAAGCGCGCUCCAACCGCAGUUCACCCUUUCCUAGCAGUAAAGCUGCUGGUUUAGGCUUGGAACGAGCAGGCUCGGCAGCAGCAGGUCUGGGAGGUGCAGGCUCGGGGAGGUCAGGUUCGGAGGCGGCACCAUCAGCAGCAGGAGGGGUGGUGGAAGGAUCGGUAGCAGGGUUUGUGCCCCCAACUACAUGUUCCCCUUCCCCUUCCCCUUCCCCUUCACCUUCGCCUUCAGCAAAUUCUGUUUUUUUUACAGUCACACUCAGUAAUGUCUCGCCGUUGGUCAGUGUAGCCCAGAUUCGGGCAGCUCUCGAAGAAUUUGGGCAGGUGGACAGCCUGCGAUUGGAGCAAUCUGCUGGUCGGGCAGCUGCUGAGAUCUUCAGUACAGGGGGUGGCGGUAGAAGCAGUGAGAGGGAGACAUCAAGCCCCACGGUGUCAUCGUUGCAGGCUGUGGUGACUUUCCAGACGAGGCAGGCACAGCAAGCCGCCCUGUCAGCUCGCAUCCUGACUCUUGGCAGCACCACAGCACGCAUCCGAGCCUGUCCCGAAGGCUUGGAGCCGCUUGUGCUGCGGUUCAUGUCCAAAGCCAGCCCCCGGACCCAGGUUCGGCAGCAGGUUCGGCAUCCUCUGGAGGACCGGGAUCUCCCUUGGCCGCAGGAUGUUUCUGUGCUGGCUGUUGAGCCGCGGGGUCCUGGAGUGUACGAUAUUACGAUUGCGGUAACCAACGACAGUUUGCAAGCAGUGGCUGGUGUGAGAGACAGGCUGAAGGAAGGGAGUCCCCAUUGGAGCCUCAGCUUUCCCUUCGACCCCGUGAUGAACCCUUAUAAGCCCAUUGAGCCUCACGACCGAGAGAAGCAAAGGGCGCGGUUACAGAUGAUGCAGGCGAAGCUGGAAGGGAUGAGCAUGCAGUUACAACGGUUACUGGUCGAAGUCGAGGAUUUGGCGGAUGUUGUGGGCAGAGAGGUGGCAGCCUUAGAUGGUAGUCAUUGAACUGCUGACGGGUCUUGUGGUGCGAGGUUUUGGAAUUAUAGCUGAUGCAUUCUAAUCCAGUGGGCGAAGUCGGUUGAAAUGGGUUGGGUUGGGUGGGAGGGAAUUGGACCUAAACGCUGUAAGAAAUGGAAACGGUGGGUAGAGGAAGAAUGACCUCCAGCCCCACCAUGUACUGCAGCUGGAGAAGGGCGAUGAGAA